AUGAAAGGUGGUGGGUGUGGAAAGCGGAGUCCUUUGGGUGAAAACAGAGCUUGAAAACUGAUCCACUGUAGUCAUCAACAUGCUUCGUGUCACCACUGCCUCACUGUGCACCUACUGCCAGAGGAUGAGGGUCUUUCUCCCACAGUCUGCCUCUGCCUCCACAGUCACUUCUCCUAGCAAAAGACUGGAGAACCAGCACACAGUGGACUCCCUCUAUGGACUGUCUGUAGAUAUCAGAAAGGUACGCAAGUUCAAGGGCUGGGUUCUGUCUGAAGGCACUGCGUAUGUGUCUGAAACGGCUGAUCUAUUGAGGGACAUGGGUGCAGACCCGACAGUAAUUGCCCGCAUCCUGGAAACUCACCCUGAGGCUGUCCUGUGCCGGCCACAGGACGCAUCCGCUCAGAGAGAACUCUGGGUGUCUGUGUGCCCCAACAAGCGAGAGCUGAUGAGCAUCAUUGAGAAGUUUCCCGCCUCCUUCUUCACAUUAACUCACCAUAGUAACCAGCAGGCCAACAUCCUUUACCUCCAGAGCCUGCGCCUCAGCAAGCGGAUCAUCGGAAAGCUGAUGGCCAGCGCCCCGCAGAGUUUCAGUCGGCCUGUUGAGAGGAACCAGGAGGUUAUCCACACACUGAGAGAGACCUACUUGGACUUGGGCGGGGACGAGGGCAACCUGCGCAUCUGGCUGCAGAAGCUUCUCAGCCAGAAUCCGUACAUCCUGAUGCGGCCUGCGGAGGCAUGGAGGGACAGUCUGGGUUUCCUGAGGGAGCAGGGCUUCACCACAGAGGAGCUCCUCAGCCUUGUCUCCAGCCUCAGGGCCUCCAUUGCAGAGCUGCAGCCUGAAUCUAUGCACCAAGCGCUGGCCUAUAUUGAAGAAGCUUUUGACUGCUCCAAGGGUGAACUCAAGCAAAUUGUGAUCCUUUGUCCAGCUGUUUUGUACUACUCCUUGCCCACCUUGAUCGGCCGCUUCCAGGGGCUGAUGGAUGCGGGAGUGAGCAUGGGGCAGGUGAAAGAAUCUCCAAACGUCCUGGAGCUCACCACGCAGAUUGUGCUUUACCGGAUCCAGAAGCUGGCCUCCUACGGGUAUGAUGUGCGUGGUGGCAGCCUGGACGUUAUUGUGGGAACCAAGAAGGACUUUGAGAUGAGCUACAGCAAGCUACACCUCAGGGCGCAACGGCCGCUCUUCAACCCUGUAGCUCCCCUCAGAUCUGCUGAGGAGUGAAUUUCAGAUGGUUGAUAUGUUGCAAUAUUCUUCCAUGUGGAGGGUUUGUGUGUGUGUGUGUGGAGGGGUUGGGGGGGGGAGUUGUGUGAUUGUUUGAUGCUGAUUUCGCAAAGAGAUUUAUAUCUUCACUUUUGUGCAAGGUGUGUGAAGAAAGGAGGCGAUCUGAAAUAACAAACCUCCAGCAAUACUUGUUGUAUUGAUAACAACUUUACUACUCUUAAAACACUAUAUAUAAAGAUGUGACUGCUUUAAAAUGUUCAUUCAGUGUUGGAAAAGAAAAACAAGUAUUUUAUAUGACAAGUAUGUCAAAGAAUGUAUUUUAAUUGAUGUAGUAGUCUACAUAGACGAGUGCAAACCCAUGCCUGUCAUUCUGGUAUGUUACUACUGAGAUUUACAACUGUAGUUAAAACUGAUUGAGGUAACUGAACAUGUCAAAUGAG